UAAAACUGUAACACACCUUCCGCGCGAGAAUCCAUUAUAUCGGUCCAUUUCUGCCUCUUGUCAUCAAUUUAUUAAUCGUGUUUUGUACAUUCCCUUCCCGGCGAGAAAAAGGAGAACGACGAACUCUCUGGCACUCAGCUUCGGAGCUUCAAAAAAUUCCCUCCAUUCAUUCACUCGAUCGCUUCCUCCAUCGCAUUUCUCAAACAGAAGUGUUCGUUCAACAAUGGCGAGUUCGCCCAACAUCGCGAUUAUGGGAGCUGGCAUCUUCGUGAAGACUCAGUACAUACCUAGAUUGGCCGAGAUCUCCAAUCUCAUCGUCCUCAAAGCAAUCUGGAGCCGUUCCGAGGAAUCGGCGAUGGCGGCCGUGGAGAUAGCGCGUCGGCAUUUCCCCGACGUGGAGUGCAAAUGGGGGGACAAAGGACUCAACGAGAUUCUCAACGACGAGUCCAUCAUCGGCGCCGCCGUGGUCCUCGCCGGACAAACUCAGGUUGAGAUGUCUCUGAAGCUGUUGAAGGCCGGGAAGCAUGUUCUUCAGGAGAAACCUGCGGCAGCUUCGGCGAGAGAGAUUGAAGCUGCACUCUCAGGCUACAAAUCCAUCUGUGCUAAAACCCCUGGGCAGCCAAUCUGGGCUGUUGCAGAGAACUAUAGGUUUGAACCUGCUUUUGAAGAGGGUAAAAGGUUGAUGGCUGAAGUGGGAGAAAUGAUCAAUGUACAAGUCAUCAUUGAAGGAUCAAUGAACAGCACAAACCCCUACUUCUCGAGUUCGUGGAGACGGAAUUUUACAGGUGGUUUCAUUCUUGAUAUGGGUGUUCACUUCAUUGCUGGAUUGAGGAUGCUGGUUGGAUGCGAGGUAGCCACGGUGUCUGCCAGAACCUCUCAUGUGGAUACCAUCUUACCGCCACCAGACAACAUAUCUGCAGUCUUCCAGUUAGAGAAUGGAUGUUCUGGAGUUUUCGCAAUGGUUGUCUCAUCACGAUCACCUAAGGUAGUCUGGAGAGUUGCUGGCUUGACAGGCACGCUUCAAAUCCAGCGUGGUAGCGAAGAUGGACGCCAUGGUUACCUGGUAUCCUUUUUCGGCGGCGAUGGACAAAGCAAAAGCAGCUUCCACGCAUUCAGCGGCGUAACAGAAGAGUUGAAAGUAUUCAUACGUGACAUAACACAAGCUUCCCUUAAGAAGGAAUGUGGGUAUGAUGCCGAGCCACGACUCACUUUCUUGGAGGGUGCUCGAGACGUGGCUCUACUAGAUGCAAUGCUUGAAUCCGGGAGGCGAAAUGGAGCCCAGGUCGAGGUCAAGCAGUUCUAGAUUCUUUAAGCAUAGAAAAUUUUCAAUUUGUCAGAGGAACGUUUUGUGUGUAGUUUUUGCUUCAGACUCUUUUUCCUGUAUUGUAUAGAUGAUGAGCAUCAAAAGCGAUCUAGUACUGCAGUGUGCUAUGGUACUCCAACUGUUGUUAACUACCCUGUUCGUUUGGUUUUGGUGAUACUUAAAUCAAUGCAUUGUGAUUAAUGCAUGCAUUGUAAUAUACAUGCAAUUAAGAAAAAAAGAAAAAUGAUGUAAUGUAUUUUGCAUUGUUUGG